CUCUGCCCGUUAGGGCCCCGCGCGCGCGUCACUUCCGGUUCCGACGCUGGCCGCGGGCGGGCGGGCGGUUUGAAGGCGGGGAUGGCGGGCGCGCAGUACGUGCCGCUGGGCGCGGGGCUGGACGCGUCGCUGUCGCUGCUGGAGGCGGAGAGCAGCCCCGGGGCGGCGGCGGCGGCGGCGGCGGGGGGCCCGGAGGAGCUGCCCAUGGUGUUCCUGUGCGCCGGCUGCAAGCGGCCUGUGGGGGACACGCUGGGCUGGGUGGCCAACGACGAGGAGACCGGCUGCGUCCUGCUGCGCAGCGCCUCCCCCAACGUCUCGGUGGAGAAGGAGCAGAAACUCUCCAGCCGGCCCGGCGAGUGCGGGUGCAUGAUUGAAACUUUGUUCUGCUCUGGCUGUUCAAUGACCCUUGGGAACAUCUACAGAUGCACCCCAAAACAUCUUGACUAUAAGCGAGACUUAUUUUGCUUCAGUGUUGACUCUGUUGAAAGUUACAUCCUAGGAUCCUCAGAAAAACAAGCUGUAACUGACGAUGAACCUUUAACUCUUGAAAGUCGAGCUGGCUUAGAAGAGGCAAUAGAAAGGGCAGAAACCAUACUGAAAGCACUGGAGGCAAGAUUGUCUGUAGUUGAAUCAAGUUUUGCAUCACGUCAUAACAGCUGAAAGAAACUUCAUCCUUCCCUUGACCUGUGCUGCUAGGCAUUGAGCUGUUGGAUUUAAAUGUAGCAGGUUCUGCAUUCUAGCCUUGGGCUGGCCAGAAUUUAUUAACUUUCUUUACUGGAGACUUUAAAAAAAACAACAAAAAAAACAACCCGACUUUGCAUAGAACAUCUUGGGGAAAAAUGCAGUUAUUGUGGAGCUUAAAAAAAUAUUGUGAAUAGCCCUUCAACCUUGUUUGAGGUGAAGAACAAGUUUAAAAUGUAUGCUUAAAUAUAAGCUAAACUCAAUACAUUUAGUUAAGUGCUCUAGUCUGGGUGUUACCUGGUUCUGAGAUCAAUUUUGUAAUUGUUUGAUUUUUAUUUA